ACGAUGCGCGCCGUGUGCGCGCUGAUGUCGAAAAAUGUAAAAAAUAAAAUAUUCUUGCAUAAUUUAGUGAAGUUUAGUUAUGUUAAUUGUGUGUUUGCAUUUAUUUAAUAAACCCUGAGUUGAUACGGUCUAGAAUAAUUGUAUUCUUAGAUUUAUUAUUGUGUUAGGUUCAGUGCAAACUGUUCUGCGUCAAUUGACUAACAAAGGCCCCUUAUUAAGAUUUAUUGUGAUAUUAUUUCUAUGAAAAUAAAGAACACAUAAGAAGAAAAUGGUAGAAAUAAGCAAACCGUUAUUCGCACAGGCGUGCCAGAAUUUGGACUGCCAUGUUCUACUUCAUCCCUGGCAUGAGAGUUGUAUAAAAUCUUUGCCUCAUACAUACAUCCAUUCAUUCAUAGGAAGCGCCAAAUUUUACUCAAUAAUUUAUGUAGCGCAAAUUCUAAUGAGAGGUAAAAAACUGAAGAAAAAAGAGGAAUGGCUCAAAAUGGGGGAGUAUUACGCCAGGUCCGUGAUCCUUGGGGGUGCUAUCUGCGCUACCUGUUGCACUUUUGGUUGCAUUUUGAGGAGAAUGUUGGGCAAUAAAUUCUACUACUAUUCGCUAUUCCUUAUACCUAGUACAAUAAAUGGUAUAUUUAUAUACGUGGAACCACCAAGCAGAAGAGGUCUGAUAAUCAAUUUAUUUACUAGCUUGAUGUUAGAAUAUUGGAUCACGACUAUGGAGAGAGCUGGUUACUUAUCAAUGACUAAAACGAAACAAACAAUCAUGUUUAUGCUUGGCAGCGCGGUCCUUUUCUAUCUAAUGCGCUUGGAGGGGGAUAAAAAGGAACGGACGCCACUUUUAUGGUUAUUUACGCCGGAAAAAGUCAAACGGAAAACAAAUGAUGAUGAAAACCCCUGCCCACACAAAGGGCCGUGUUUGCGGUAUAUCUUACAGGGUGCUGCCACGUACUUCAGUGUAGGAUCAGCUUUUACCCUCGCGAGGGUCAUCCUGCCUAAGAUCGGGUCUCCCGCCAGAGCCUUCGCUUCAGUUCAGCGCAAGCAUUUCAAAAUGGGCCUAUUCUUCGGUUCAUAUAUCGGUAUUUACAGAGCUGUUAUAUGCUACCUGUGCCGUAAACAAGGCACUGACUCGGCGUUGUAUGCGCUGCCGGCAGGGUACCUUGCUGGAUUAUCGUUCCUAUUCAGUCCAACCUUGGGGUUUGCGACUGCAUCAUUCACAGCGGCAUUGAAACUCUACUCCACAAUUCUCUACGAGAAGAAAAUACUGCCGAGCAACAUUCCCCUAGCAGAGCUGAUGUACUGCCUCUGUCAGGGAACUCUGUUCCACGCCCGGUUCAUGCAUCCGGAGACUGUCCCCAGCUACAUGUUCAAGCUCACGGAUGGUGUUAGCAAUGGAAGAACUGCAUUACUAUCGGACAAUCUUCAAGCAGUAGCAAAAAUGGCAUUAUCGUUAUAAUGACGGCAAGUCGGCAACAAUAUGAAGAAAUGUGGUGGUCUAAUCUAAAUAUAACCAAGAAUGAUUGGUGAUGGUUAAGUGGACAUUGGUGGACAUGGGGAUUAUUUAAACUCGAUAAGUGCAAUAAAUUUAUAUAAGGGAUGUAUAAGUAAUUUGUUGAUAUUUGCAAGCAAACCCAUUUUCAAUAUUUAUGACGUCACUUUUCAAAAUGUGGCCAUAUAAAACAUUCAAAGAUUCCAAGAUAGGGUAUAUGUGCAGAAAGAGAAGAGUCGUAGAAUGUAUGGGCUCCCC